AUGCAAGUCACGAUCAAGUCCUUCCAUCCGGUGGCACACUGGAAAUGGAAUCUCGAGAACUCGAAACCGAUUGAUCCAAACCACGAGCCAGAAACCUUACCGGGGAUAUUGAACACGCCUGCAGAUUUUUCCAAGGAUGACUCGAACGGGAGUACUCUGACUAGCGAUAACUUGAUAGGAGUAGCAGCAAACCCGAUAAUCGAAGAUGAGGAGGAUGAAGACCUUUGCGGGAUCUGUCAGGAGUCCAGUAAACAGUCCUGUCCGAUGGAUCGCCGACCGUGGGUUACUGCUGGUGGACAUGCUGAAACUUAG